AAAAUGCACGUAACACACGCGUGGCAACGGCUCCAAAUCAAGCUACAGCUAGCUAGCGCGCAAGAAUGGCCCGCCUCGGCACCACCCCGUCGGUCCUCGCGCUCCUCCUCGCCGCGGCGACGCUCUCCUCCGCCGCGUUACCCACGGCCGGCGGCGCACCACGUAGGGUGCUGUGGACCAAGGGCGUCCCGGCCGACCCGUUCUGCCCGUGGGAGGCCGUCAAGUUCGGCGCGUGCGCGGCGGUGCUCGGCCUCGCUGACGCGCAGGCCGGCGCGCAGCUCGGGAGCGAGUGCUGCCAGCUCGUGGGCGGGCUCGCCGCGGCGGAGGCGGCCGCGUGCCUCUGCGUCGCCGCCAAGGAGGGCGUGCUCGGCCUCGUCUCCGCCGAGUGGUCCGUCGGCGUCGAGCUCCUCGCCAGCGCCUGCAAGACGGACAUCCCCGACGGCUUCAAGUGCGUGUGACAUUGUUUCGUUUGGUGUAAGCGAGCGCCCAUGCAUUCAUGCAGCGCUGUCUGUGUGUCGAAGCGAAAAGAUAGCUCAGUUUCAUUGACUUCUACUGUAAACAUUUUUUUUUAUUUUUACUGUAAACAUUUUGCUUCCUAGUUCCCAGUGUAUGCAAAUGCAAUGACAUGUUUUGCAUGGACUAUACAUGAAUCAAUGCCAAGUUAAUUUCUUUGCUUGA